CUCCGCAUAAGCGAGGCAUCUCUCUCUUUAUCUCAACCUUCAUCUCAACCUUCAUCUCACGACUUCUCUAACCGCUUAAACUCGAUCUCCUUUUUUGCUUGAGUUCUCCUAUCAGAAUCAGUACGAUGCUUGGAUAUUCAAGCAUCCCCAGUAACACGAAUUCUAUGGGGCCUGAAGGUUCUUAUCUCAACGGAUUCUUCACUAAUAGCCAGCAAACCUUCGGAAACUCGCUGGAGCUUCUUCAGCAAGGAAGCUACGGAAAUGACAGGAGAAAUGCAGAGCAUUCGCUCGUGAUAAACCCUCAGUUAUUGCAGCUUGAUCCUCGGCCUUAUCUUUCCUCGACCAAUUUCAAUCUGAAUGGGCUCUUUCGACAACAGACAGCCCCUACAAUGGCAGGACCUUCGAACCUUAAUUAUAAUGAAUUUACCUCCAUGCAUAGCGAGAAUUCUAUGACAUCCCCCUUCUCGAAUUACUCUCCCCCGCCUUCAUGGACAUAUGCGCCGGCGGCAUUUCCCAACAAUUCUACAGCUGGACCUUUGAACGCUGGUCAUGAUAACCUCACCUUCACGCACGGAAACAAUAAUAUCGGAUCCCCCUUCUCCAGCUCUCUUCAUUCGACAUACUCGCCGAUAUUAUACAACAAUUUCCCAACGUCGCAUCCGACACAAGCGGGAUCCUCUUUACCUUUACCUUCGUUACCCUAUGCUCUUGUCCCGGGCCCUGGAAUUGGCCAGGGGCAUGGGCCCUCCUCCUCCCGUACACGCCGUCUUUCGCGAUCUUCGACACUCAUUUCCGUUGAGGGGAGUGUUUUCCAUUCGAAUAACCCUCUCGUUCAGAAUAGCACGAUGACGAAUAAAGUUGACUCCGGAUCCGGCAAUACAGGCAGUGACUACGGUAACCAGUCAUCCGCCUCCUCCACCUCACCUACAGUCGAUGCGCUGUCCCGCUCCGCAUCAGGUAAUCAAGAUACCACCUUUACAGGUUCAUCUAUGGCACAACGCAGCAGCCGGACCGGCACUAGUCCCUCAAAUAGCAGGAAAGCGCCUUAUACCAAAGCCCGAGCUCCCAAACGUCCCAAGGGCACGCACGAGCCUGAUUUUGUGGAAGUGCGAAAGCUCCGAACCGACCGAGUAUGCAAAUGGCUCUAUACUUCCGGUUUUGAAUGUCAACACGAUUUUGGUCAUGACGAUAAAAAGUCUGUUUCCGCACAUGCUAUCGCCCACCGCGAUGAUUCUAUACAGGAAGAGCAAUCCUCCGGCAAAGCUCCGUCAAAGGGGAAAUUUAUUUGCAGAUGGACUGGAUGUGACUUGGAAGGUAAAGGCAUGGCAGCGGAUGCCUUUGCUAGACAUUUCGUCCAUCACCACUCGCCGAUAAGGAUCCUUUGUUUAAGAUGUGGUCAAGCUUUGGCUAGGGCCGAUUGCGAGAAACGACAUAGGGCAGGUUGUUGUAAAAAUAACAUGAUCAAAAAGCCUGAAAUGAUGGACCAGGUGUGGUUGGAAUAUGAGUUCGUUGCUUAGCAUACCACAAGCUCAUCCUCGUCGUUUCGUUUCUUUUUCUGUCACCAUCCCAGGUUAAGUAUACCCUCACUAUUCGCGAUACC